GAGAGAGAGAGAGAGAGAGAGAGAGAGAGAGAGAGAAAAGAGAAAGAAGUGGAGAGAGACAUGGGGGAGGUGAUCGCGAUCCACAGCCUUGAGGAGUGGGCUACCGUCAGCAGAAACAAGUUGGUGGUGGUUUACUUCAGUGCAACAUGGUCCGAGCCAUGCCGCCUCAUUUCUCCAGUCUUCCAUGACCUUGCCAAGAAGCUUACAAAUGUUAUUUUCCUAGAGGUCGAUGUUGACGAAAUCAAGUUACUUGCUCUCAAGUUCAAUGUUUCGAUCAUGCCGACGUUCGUGUUUGUUAAGGAACGAGUGCUCGUGGACCAGGUUUCCAGAGCUUCGAAGGAUGAGCUGGAAAACAAGAUUGAGAAACACAUGAUUGCGUAGUGGGAUAGUGUUCGCCUGAAUAAAAUUGUCCUUCAACCCUAAACUAGAUGGAUCUGCACGUUUUGCUGCGCCGAGAAUUGCUACGAUAAUUGUAUAAGGGAUUGCUGUGAUGAUCUAUUUAUUACAUACCAAAGUGUUGGAGCUUCAUCGGUCUACCAAAGUUAUUUCCUGAA